AUGCAGAGCAUACUGUCGCAUACGAACAUUCUACCCCUGUUAGGUAUCGCAGAAGCGCGGGAGCAUAAGUUGAGCGCUAGCUUGGUCCUUCCAUGGAUGGAGAACACAGAUAGUCGCACAUAUUUGAAAAAGAAUCCCCAUGUACUUCGGCUACCGCUGAUAUUAGGGACCAUACGUGGCAUCGCCUUUCUUCAUUCCAAAAGAAUUGUCCACGGAGACAUCAAGGCGAGGAACGUAUUGAUCUCGGAUGAUGGUACACCUCUUCUUUCAGACUUCGGAUUGACGUCUUUUGCCGAAGAGGAUGAUCGUGAGAUGUCCCAUUCGAUGGUGCCUGCGGGCAGCCCUGCUUGGAUGGCAAUAGAACUGCAUGAAUCGCGGACGCCUGCCUUAGCGGUCACAAAGUAUUCGGAUAUGUGGGCAUUCGGGAUGACAAUAAUCGAGCUCCUCACGGGUAAAUCCCCUUUCCCAUCUGGAGGAGCUUGGAAAGUAAUAAUGUACCAUGACUACGACAAUUACCCGAAGAAGCCUACGGCAGAGGAAUGUACUGACACACUUUGGGAGUUAACUCAGAGGUGUUGGAAAGAAGAGCCCACUUCACGGCCGACAGCAGACGAGUCAGCUCACCUUAUCGAAUCGAUUCCCGCACCCCUACCAUCUUGA